UAUAUUUUAUCUCGUUUCAGGUAAAACCGAAGACACGCUAGAAGAAGUUUCAGAGCUGUUACAUCUACCAACAGAUAUAUUUUCCGUAAGAGACCCAGAGGACGAUGUUCACGAGUAUACAGUAUUCACAAGACAAAGACUCCGUGAGGGAGUUGUAUUUGGUCCAUUUACUGGGCAUGUGAUAAAAGACGAUUGUGAUAGCCUUAAUGUGAUCGAGACCAAAGACGAAGAAGGAAGAGCGCUCCGUUUCGCCGUUACGGACGAGUCCGGUGGAUGGCUCAAACUCCUCAAAUCAGCUACCUCAGGGAGCAAUCCCAAUACUUCUCUAUCACACAACGAAUCCUCUAUCUGGUGCACAAUUACCUCCGAUAUCGAGGCCGACACAGAAAUCUUAGUGAGUCAUUGUUGGAGUGCCAUAACACAAAAAUCGGACGUCAUCCGGAAUGAUUUCCAAACACGCACACAUUCUAAACACUUACUGCACAAGAACAAAAGCAAUCGGGCAAAACGGCGGAGCAGCGACAGUCAACACACUGACGACAGUGAAAUUGACGAACGCGAUGAGAUCAGGAAUCUGAGGACCAAGCAGGCACGAAGUCCUCAAGCUUAUGAUGAAAACACCAUCUUGAAUAAGGAACAAAUUUAUAAUGGAAAUGCAUCAAGAGAAGCAGAAUUCAAGUAUGAAACUUCAAGUCCAGCCUCUACCAGAUGUUCUGUUGGCUCACCGAGUGCAUCAGCGAGUGGAAAACAAGAUUCUGAACGGACAGAAGACCGAACCGCUGCGACUUUAUGUGUACCAUAUAUUAAUGGUUGCAAUUACCCCAUGGCUUUUCCAUAUUGUGGAAUGUCUGAAGCAGAUGGAUUAUAUAAAUGUGAAAAUUGUGCCAUCAAUUUUAAUAGUCGGAGAGUUUUGGAGGCCCACCAAUCCCUGUAUUGUCAAGGAAAGACUUACAUUACAACUCCUAGUUCUGAUACAGACACAGAAGACAACCAACACACAAAUAACAAAACAGACACAACGAAUAUAAGCAGUUCAUCAGCUUCUGAAGAAGGAGAAAAUCAUGUAAAUAAAGAAUAUUCAGUUGCAAAAAAGCAAGAUGUUGUACCACAAGAGGAUCCUUCAUUCUUGGCGAAAAGAAGGCGAACUGCCUCAGUGAAUGAACUGUCGCCGGUAAUUCCAAGAUUGUCCAGGCUUUUCAAAUGUCCUUAUUGUAGUUAUUCAUCGGAUAAGAAAGCUAGUCUCACUCGUCACAUUCGAAUGCAUGGUCAAUCUCCUGGUACAGAUGGACAAUGCGACAUACCUCUGGCAACACCACCAAUGGCAAGAUAUUGUGCCAAUUGUGAUAUACAGUUUACAGCUUACAAAAAUUACCUGGUUCAUAAAGAAUUAUAUUGCAGUACAAGACACGUUCAUAAAUCAAUUCCUCCUUCAUCUUCUCCAAAUUCUGGAAACUCAUCUCAACAGCAACCGCCAUCCCAAAGCCAACCAUCUCAACCAAGAUCACCAGAACAACACCCAGCUCAACAACAAGAACAAAAUCCAAAGAAUUACAACAUGGUUCUUAAUCAACCUCUCUACGCGGCCAUAUCAACGAGUCCACUAAUACUCGUUCCAUGCUCCUAUGUUGCUGGCGGUGGGUUAUCUCCAGCAGCUGGGUUAGUACCCGCGGGCAACAUCAUAAUACCAAACCCAUCAGCUUCACCAGAUGGAGUUACAGAACCUUCUGGAACGAAUGUGAUACCAACUUAUACCGUCAUGCCAGGUGCUGCCCCAGAUGUUAAUUCUGUUUCCCCUUCUUCAGGGGGUGAGGAUGCCACAAAAGAUGAUGUUAAGCCGGUGAAACCAGUGAAGGAAAAAACUGUUAAGCAAGAUGUCUGUAAGAGUCCAAAAGAACCUCAAAGCGUUGGAGUAGAAACGCCUCUUGAUUUAAGCAUCAAAAAACGUGAUGACUCUAUGAAAUUGAAUUCGGUGAAAUCACCUCAGGAGUCAGGUGUUCGCCGCAUUCCUGUCUUCACAUCUUUAUCUACAGCAUCAACGGAUGAAAGCACUAAACAAACACCAUCAACAGCUCAUACAUUGCCCGUCAUGCCAAUAGUCAAUCCUGGCGUCGAGCUGAACCUCCUUGCCAGAGCACAGAUGCCUUGUGCUGAACCUCCUGCUCCAGUAUUAGGUCCACCUCAAGUAUUAGUGAAGCAAGGGACCAGUAAAUGUAACGAAUGCAACAUUGUAUUCUACAAAUAUGAAAAUUACUUAGUACACAAGAACAGAUACUGUGCUUCAAGAACUGUUCAACAAAAACCGGAAGUUGGUUCACCUGAGAGAAUUAAAUCAGAAGACGCUGAUUCUUCGGACAGAGAUGAAACACUUGUAAGACAGACGCAAAAAAGUCCUUUGUCCUCUCCAAGAGUCAACAACACGAGAACUCCCCCAGUUUCGGAUGUCGUCGAUUCAAGAGAGUCUUCCCCAAAUCAACAGCAUGCUGCUGCUGCUUUGCUUCAGUAUUACUGCAUGGCCUGUGGCAUCAAGUACUCUUCCAUAGAUAAUCUAAGAGCCCACCAACUUUAUUAUUGUCCCAAGAGAGAAGUUAAUACUGCACAACCAGUUGCACUAGUUCCUUCUUUCUCUAGAAACAAUCAGGAAUACAAAUGCACAAAAUGUAAGAAUGCCUACCCAACAGAAGAACUUUUAAGGCAACAUCCUUGUGUCGUGCAGAGGAAAUGUCCAUAUUGUGACGUCUACUGUCCGACACUGAGUGCUGCCCAACGACAUUUAGUGACACAUACGGGUAUUAAAUCCUUCAGAUGUUCUUUGUGUGGUUACAAAGGUCACACAUUAAGAGGUAUGAGGACUCACAUCCGAAUACAUCUUGACAAAAACAGCUCAACACCUGAAGAAGCUUACAUCUUGUGUAUGGACGAGGGCGGUACUGAGAUAGGUUGCGCCAGCAGAAAACCAUCUGGCUCACGGCUUAACUCAGACAGAAUCAAGUCUGUAAUAGGUACUGAACCACCCCAGGGGGAAACAGUUCUGGCUGUGAGUCCAGUUUCUGGCCCUUCUCCAACCAUGUUUCCGACUGAUAUUGUCGCGAUCAAAGCUGUACCGGAUGACCCAGUCGCGACUGGCGACACGACUCAUUGGUGCCAAAUAUGCGGGUAUUCAUCAUCAUACAAAGGCAACGUAGUGAGACACGUCAAACUUGUUCAUAAAGACCUUAUAUCCUCACAAACUAUGUCAAACAUUGUGAAUAGUCGCCCUAGUCUUGAAAAUCAUUCGAAGACAAACGACAGCAUGGAAUCUGUGAGAGGUGUUACGCCACAUGACUCAGCUGCCGAGCAUAGUAAUAGUUCGUCAAGUCUUGAUGUAAAACCCAUAGUGAAUGGUAUUUUGAGUAAAAAUGAACAACCUUUGAGGGUGGAUGAUAAAACUUUGAUAUUGAAGAGUGAAACAGUAUCACCACCACCACCAUCUACUGCUGCCUCCUCAAAAGGUAUAAAGCGCCCCCUGACGGAUGAAGGACAAUGUCAGGCUGGUACUUAUAGUUCAAAGGCAGGAGCAAAAUAUUGUAAAUCUUGUGACAUAUCUUUUAAUUACUUGUCUAAUUUCUUGGCACAUAAGAAGUUUUAUUGCACGCCAAGAUCAUCAGGGGAAGUUGCUGGACAAGAAGCCUCGACAGUGCAAUCUGUUCAAUAAGUAUUUGUUUUUAUAAAGCUCCGAAGUCGAUCAGGCAAAAUCAAAGUGCCAAUUAAUAUUUAUUAAUUUAAGUGCAAUCUAAAUAAAGAAAAUGAAAAAUUUAUGCAUAUUUAAAACUUAAUGAAAUUCCAUUUUCAAAAACUACAGUUGUGAUUCUUAAUUUGCUGUUAUGCCAAAUUUAUUUUUAUUGUCAAUGUAUAUGAAAUCAGAAUUGCUUUUUUAAAAAAAAUUUGUUCUUUAGAAUUAUUAAUAUGUAAAAAGUAUGUUUUAUUAUAUAAAACAGCUUCCUUCAAAACUAUAAUAAUUUUCUUUUGGUAAGAAAAAAACAAAAAAAAAAAAAUUUGUUUUAAGAUUUUAACACGAAUUUUUCUUUCAAAAGCUCUCUUAAACUAUGUUAAAAUACCUUAUAUAAAAUAAAUAGUUUUUAAUAUGAAUAAUAAUUAGUUUUAUUUAAAUUUUCUCUUUAUUAAUUUAUUUUUAUUUUUGGAAAUUAGAAAAUCACUCUAAGAUUUCAAUGAUUAUUAAAGCAAAAGUUUACUAAUCUGUAUUACUAUUGCUUGUAUAUUUCCAAUAUACAAAAGGCAGUUGACUGGCUUUAGCAUAACUUAUUUUAACUUUUCUCAAUUAGUAUUUUAUUCUUGAACUUUUGUUAAGCUAUAAGUUAUCAUUUAAAAAUGAGUAUUUUAAUCUUUAAUAGCGAAUUAGCUAACCAGGGGUCAAAUAGCAAUAUAGUGGGUUUAUAAAGGGUUGGGUGAAAAUAUUUUCAUAAUUUAAAUGAAAACUUUAAUUGUUAUUUGUUUAUUAAAAAUCACAUCAUAAAAUGGCUUUACAUUUUAAAAAAUGAAAAUAAUAAUUAAAAAAGUUUAUAAAAAUAGGCAUAGAUAGUUUUUUAACACCUUAAAAAUAUAGAUUUAACUGGCACUUCCUUAUCAAAUUUAUGAAAAAAUAAUUUACAUAGCAUAAAAAUUUUAAAAGAAAAUAAAUAUUUUAAAUAAUUAAUGCAGAAAUUCAAGAGUCUUAAGAUGAGUUUUAGUAAAUUAGAAAAAAACUAAAUUUUCUCCAAAAAAUCCUUGGAAUAAGGAAAAGGUUUCGUCAAAAAAUAAUUUAUUUCCUAGUCUUUCCAUGUUCAUAUAGAGCUAGUCUAAAUCAUUAUGAAUUGUUAUUACAAAUUGUAUAGUUUUAUAAUAUUUUGUUGCAUUUAUGUUUGUAUUAUAAAAAGAGCAUCUUCUUACAACAAUCACUAAGCUUUUAUUUUUAACGUGUCAAAAGUAAAUUUCUAUAGGAAUUUUGUUUUGAAUUUAAAACAUUUAAAGAUAGAGGCUGAAAAAAUGUAUUUGGUUCAAAAAAUUUUUUUUUAUUUGGUAUAAUUUUUUCUUUUUUAGUUCUGAAACUAGACAUUCUUAAAACUAAAAUUUAUUAUUGAAAACUUGUGUUUUAAAAAAAAGUUGCAGACGUAAUGAGUUUAUGAGGCAUUUUAAGAUUAUAAAUGAUAUUUUAGUGAUUAAACGGCAUUUUGAGUAAACUUGGUUCAACUUUAACAAAAAAUAAAAAAUCAUGCCUUGCUCUUAUUUUUAUAACCGCUUUGUCCAAUUGGCGAGAGUUUCAAAUCCAUAAUACUCUUUUAAACUGUUUGUGUCAUAGUGUUUGCGCUAAUAGCGUUUUAGUAUGCUGCCAAACGAGGGACUAAAAACACUACUCCAAAAGCAAUCCACUUAGUUCCAUUACCCUCUCAGAUUUGUGGCUUCAAGGAACAAAGCUAAUCAUAUAUUUAGUCCGUGAUAUUCAAAGUACAGCAGAUACAUAAUUUUUAACAAUGUUUAU